AUGCGGCCAGCUAAGCCAGGCGCCCCGCUGCCCGUGCUCCUCGUGCUCGCUCUGGCUUUGUCCCUGCCCGGGGCCCAGGGGAGGCCCCGGGGUGGCAGGGGAGCACGUGCCACGGACCAAGAACCCAAGUCGUGGCUUUUCCUCCCAGCGGCCAGGGCCGGCCCGGCUCCCAACGCCUCCCGGAGCACUGAAAUAGUCCCAAGAGGUUUGAAUUUAAAAGACAAAUUCAUAAAGCAUUUCACAGGGCCAGUCACAUUUUCAGCUGAAUGUAGCAAACAUUUCCAUCGACUCUAUCACAACACCAGGGAUUGCUCAACACCAGCUUAUUACAAGAGAUGUGCUAGAUUGCUAACAAGAUUAGCAGUGAGUCCCCUGUGCUCACAGACCUAG